AUGGCGAUCUCCAGCACCUUCUCGUCUCUUCGCUCCACAAAACGCCCGGCGGCCUCAUCCACAAUCCAAAACCAGGCGGGCGGACCGGCCCAGACGGCACCUCCAACAACCCAAGCAGACCUGGACAAAGACACACUCAGCAUCAUGGCCUUCACUGAGAGCUCCCAGGCGAAAAAACUUGACAAGAAGAACAAGCUCAGGUUCUUCAGACGGCUCUCCACUCGAUUUAGCAGCAAACAGAACUCAGCAGCACCCCCGAUCGACCCCACCCUCACUGCCAGCUCAGAUCCGACUCCGAACCUCAGCAAGAGUCGCUCGAAUGACCCCACCGUGGCCCGCGCCUCGCCCGGAUCCGACCUGUCGCUCCAGAUCCCCUUCGAGAGCUUCCCGAAGACGAGCCCGAGCCUGAGCUGCGACGAGACCGGCUCGCUGUACCGGGCGGAAGAAGCCGGAGGACUGAGUGUGGCCGCCCCAGGCUCGCUCAAGUCGCCCUCGCGCGCCUCGCGGUCGUUCUGGAAGCGGCUCAGCCUCUCCCCGAGCCUGCUGCUGCAUGCGGACGACGAGCAGCUGGCGGGCGGUGCGGGGGCGGUGCCGCCGGCGACGGAGAUGGCCAGCAGCAGACUGGCGAGCCCGGUCGAGGACCUCAGCGUGUCUUCCGACGGCCAUCCGAGUAGCAUCAUGUCCUCCGAGCUCUCCUCCACGCCCUCCUCGGCCAACGAGACCGCCGACACCUCCCUAGCUUCGGCCUACGAGGCCGAGACCGAGGAAUGCGGACUCGCUGGGAUCGGCGUCCGGGACCGCAGAAGCAUCUGUCUCUACUCCCUGCCCAUCCGCCCCAGCCUCGCCCCCAAGCCCCUCCUCCAUCCCGCCAUGCGCUAUGCACCCUCCUCUUCCUCCCCCCUCUCCUCCGCCAGACUCGCCCCCCCGUCGCCCGCCGACGACCACUCUCUCAGACCACUCUCCGCACAGUCUUGCAGCCCGAGUAGGCCCAUAUCCAGUCUGGCCCAGAACGAUCGUCGGAUGAGCUUCGGCCACCUCAACCUCGUCCCUAACCAGACCACCGUCGACACCGAGACCCUCAUGCGCAUCCUCCGCGGCCCGUCCUCUUACCCCGACGAGACUCUGCCCCGUCCCGACAGUCGCAGAGACUCGAUCUAUGUUCCUUGCGUCUAA